CUCGUCGGUGGCUCCGUCUCCGUUCCCGGCUCCUCCUUCAGGGCCUUCUUCGAGGACCGCGUCGCGCAGCUGGUCGACCUGGCCAACUUUGGCAGCUUUGGCAAGGUGACUUGCCUGUUGAGGGAGAUUUGGCUCCAGAGCGAGGUCAUCAGCCGGGCUUCGUCUCCUGGCUCCAACAACGAGGAGGUGCAGCAGCAGCAGCCACCCGCGUACAUCCACUGGAGGGAUGUGAUGCAGAUGAAGGGGUGGGAUUACCUUCUCAUUUAA